AUGUCACCAAAAUAUUCCAGGAAUCUUGGUCAAGAGGGAGGGCUUAUGACAGAGCAUCGAAUUAAUCAGGUUGUCCAACAACCAGCUGUGGAAUAUCUCCUAGCGUAUACGGCACCUCUUGCCGGAUGUCCCGUUCCUGUGAAUUUCUUCGCUUUGGAGUACACUCAUUCGAAUGUACAUUUAUGGGUCGGUGGCAACAUGAAACCGCCAGUGUCUUCUUCGAACGAUCCAAUCUUCUUCGCUCAUCAUUCGUUCAUCGAUUUCAUUUGGGAGGCGUGGAGACUGACAAAACAAUCACGUUGGACCAGAGAAUCGGUGUUCAGCCCGGAUUUACCAAGAUGUGCUGAUCCUCAACAUUUUAGUUGGGCUGUAAUGAGACCAUUCAACAACCUUAUCAAUCGAGAGGGUAUCAUUUAUAAGUUCAUGAUAUUUGGACUUUCGAACUUAUACACAGAUCAAUUGUAUCGCUAUGCACCACGUCCAACGUGUACACUACAAAUGCCGACAUGUGACAGUCCAUAUCUGUUCUGCGAUACACUUGCUGUGAACGCACAUUGCGUCUCAAAAAUCAAACUGAACGGUCGAUGUUCCGGUUUCGAAGGUCUUGAUGCUUGCUAUGACGGCGUUUGUCAAAUGGGCUUUUGCGUGCCUGGUCCAACACCACCGCCAUUCAAACGACCUGAACGUAAAACAACGCCUUGUUUCAAUCGAGAUCCAUGCUGUGAACGAUGGGCACUUGAUGGCGAAUGCCGUCGUAAUCGCAACUAUAUGCGAAAGUAUUGUGCAGCUGCUUGCGCUUCUUGUAAACCGUCCUAUGAUAUCGCUGAGGAGUGUGCUGAUCGUCAUGAGUUGUGCUUGAAAUGGAGCGCAGAUAAUCACUGUAAUGGCCGGUCAACUCGUUUCAUGCAAGAAAAUUGUCGAUCAUCGUGCGGAUUCUGUGCCGUUGAGAAGAGCGCAAAUUGUCAAGCGUUCCCAACA